GCUGAACUUCUGUGACAUCGUUGUGAAUCCAACUAACAUGGGACUUCAUUUCCAGGAGAACUCUGGUGUCCUGUUUACCAUCACAGAUAUGAACUUCACUGGAAAACUGGAGCAAAACAUUUAUUUUUACACUUAUAUAAAUACCUUCAACCUAAGAGUGAGUCUCACAGUCAGAGUGGAUCAGAACCAGAACCAACAUGGACACCUGAAAGCCUAUAUUCUGAAAUGUGAAUUCAGAAUUGAAAAUGAGGAUUCAUCUGGAAGCCUGGGAUGGCUGUGGGGCAGUUUAAGUUGGUUGAUCAAGACGGCCUUCAACAACAAGGCUUGUUCUGUAUUACUGGCAAAAAAGAUCAACAGCAUGUUGAAGAGCAUCAGUACGGAGAUGAAGCUGGAGGAUAACUAUAACUUCACCAUCAGCUAUGCCUUGAGUGAAAAGAUUAGGGUGACCUCCACCAGCAUCGACGUGCCUUUUAAAGGUUUGGUUUUCAGGCAGGGGGAGUCUAUCAAUGGCUCCUUAAUAAAGUCCGGAUCAAAUCCAGUCUGGAGUGACGCUAACUGGAUGGCCUAUAUCUGCAUCUCUGAGUUUCUGUUCAACAGUGCUGCGAUGUCACUCUAUGAAUCAGGACCGUUUCUGCUCAAAGACCUGGAGGGUCCAGUUAUAAUGAACCUGACCGCAGCUCCUACCAUCAGGAUCACUGGGAACGGGUUGGCGGUCAACGCAGAGGGUACCGCGCUGUCUGUGGAUAGAGGAAAUCUCAGCCGUGUGGAGACGUGUAGCACCGCCUCCAUAGAGCGUUUCCAUGGUGACGGGCCAGCUAACCGUCCAGGUUACUAA